GUCAAAAAUAUGACAACUGCAAUGACCGCAAAUAGUAAUGAACAUUCAUGUGCUGCUUUCGUUGCUGUUCUUUCUGACACCGGGGGGCUGUCCCAUGUACACCAUCGACGUGUCCACGCUGGAGGUGCCGAAUGACUUUCAGAACGAACUCACCCUGCAGUCGAUGCUCAGCUCGGAGCUGGAUCAAGCCCGCAACGACCUCAACACCAACCAUGAGAUGCCGCAGAUGCAGAGAUCCGUGCCGGAUGAGCCUCCCGGCAGCCACAAGGCCACAACAUCGCCACCUGGACCCUUGCUCCUCCCAAAGGUAUCCCGCAGUCCGGACAAGGAAGAGCUGUUCCUGGGCACCAAUCUGUUUGGCAGCAGCACGCGGAAAUGCUUCUCCGCGGAGGACAUUGCACUGAUAUCCGCCCGCAGGGACUUUGAGACGCUGCUGCCCAAGUCCUUUCCCAACAGCCUGCUCUGCGACAGCGUAGUCCAGAUGCUGAUGAAGUACUUCUACACGGUCAACCGCACUGUCAAGGACAUGGCCAAGGACGAGGCAAAGCUGGUGCUGCAGCGAGCCUUCUACGACGCUCUCGGCGGGUAUCUGCGCUACUACCUGGUGCCCGUGGCUCAACUUUCCUUCUACGCUGGGCGCCUGAAGCUGUGCACCGUGGAGCGGCUGGUGGCUCUCUACCAGCAGUGCCGGAUCGUGCUCAAUACGAAUGGAAAUGGCUGGCGGACGCCCGUGGGGGAUAUACUCAGCCAACUGAAGAGCGUGCGGAUCAGUCCGGUGAAGCUGCCUGCCAGAAAGCAGGGCGAGGACGAUGCCUCCAGCUGUGCGCUGCUAGAGCAGACAACUGGCUGCAAGGAGGCGCCCAACGAUCAGAUGAUUGUCCCACUGCCACGCCUGGAGCCCGUCGAUGGGCAGGGAUACCUCACGAACAUCUACCUGCCGCUGAAGCAGCGGCGCAUCUACAACCUGCGCUCGCCCCACUCGGCCUUCGUGCUGGUGAAGUUCUUCCAGACGGUGACCCAGUGCUACCGCUUCCAGGGCAUGUGCCAGAAGGCGUACAACAGGAAGCUGCGCAACUGGAUACGCGAGAGCGUGCAGCUGCACUACAAGGACGAGGUCUUCUAUCCCGGUCUGGGCGGCAUUCUGCAGGUCUACGAGCUGCUCCAGAACGAGUACAAGGGCAAGGCGAGGCAGCCAGAGGGCGAGUGCCAGGAGGAGCAGUGCUUCAUGGACUAUCAGGAGACGACGGACGAUGUCACAGACACUGGGAGGGUGGCAGCAGCAGCUGGAGGCGGACAAUGCCGCAAGCAGAGUCGUUCCCCAAACGACAAAAGGGAGUGGGAGACCCACUCGAAGCAGGACGUGGAGGAGUGCCGGGAGUGCGAUGAUGAUGCCUCAUCCGCAUAUGUGGCGUGUGUGGCGCUGUUUCUGGCCUUGCUGCUGCUGCUCCUUUUGCUGAUCAUCUACUGCUGCAUGCGGAAGGGUCGCAAGCCCCAGAGGAUACCCCACAAGAGGGAUCUGGAGAUGUCGCCGCCCACGAAAACAAAGGCGUCGCCGCCCAUGAAAACAAAGGUAGCCACCGACGCGAGGCCCGCCAUGCCCAGGAGAAUGGCCUUUCAGGGAUCCUACUACUCGUCACCCAUUGAGAUCAGCCACUCCGAAAAGGCACCCCAGAGCCAAGGCAAUGACUUUCGAAGGUUCCUCGAUGACUCGCACACCUCCACCUCCUCGCUGGCCUGUCAGUUCAACCGAAAGUGCAUGCCCAUGAAGUUCCCGCGCAGCUCCCCGGAAGAAAAGUACUACACCCGGAAAAGGCAACCUUCCAAGAUCAAGCAGAAGCUCGCUCAGGCAUUCCAUCCCCUGCCCACUAAGGACAUUGAGGAUGAAGCCUCCCUCAGUCCCUCGCCACGAAAUAGACCUUCAGAUAGAGAGGUGGCAGUGGAUCCUGGAAGAUCCAGAAUGCCCACACUGGACUCGUAUCGUUCCACUACGGAAGUGACUACAGGAACGGAGCUUGUCACGACCAGGGACAGGGAGCAGGAGAAGCAGAAGAUAAGCAGGCGUUGUGAGGAGGAGCUCAAAGAGAUCAAACGGUGUGAGGCACUCAGGGAGAUCAAAAGGUGUGGAGAGGAAGACCCAAAGGAACUGAAAGCUGCAGAGGCCAAGAAAAAGGCAAAGGAGCCACCGCCAGAGAAGCCCAAAAGAAAAGACAAACAGUUGGAGAGGGACACGAUGCAGGAUGAGCCACGAAAGUCACGCAAGAAAUCGGAUCCAAAAGCAGAGACCAAAAGCCCAGAACCCGAGCAGAGAAGGCUAACAGGUGGAGGCUGUGCGUCGCCGAAGGACUCGCCAGGUUGGGAGACGACUUUUGAGGACUCCAGCUACAUAGAAGAAGCUUUUCAGUAAUGUUUCAGUUAUUUUUUUUCGAGUUUUGUUUCUAGUUUACUAAUUAAAUUGUGUUGAGUUAUUAAUCGGUUGCAUAAA